AUGGGCUGCUGCGCCAGUGCCGCUGAAGCCAAGCAUGCUGAAGCGAAGAAGAGGGAAGACAAGCACAGCAACGACAAGGUCUAUGAGCUCGACAAGCCCGAGGCAUUGGCACAGUUUCUGCAGGACGCGGACAUCCGCCUCGUGCGGGCCGAGUACUUCCUCAAACUACUGCAGGAGAAGCGCCCACUGAAGCGGCGACAAGAAGCUGAAGUCCCGAGCGAAACCUGCAGCUCUUUGAAUCAUGGAGUCUGCUCCGCUUUAGUCCCUCAUGAGGAAGUGCAAGAGUGGGCGCAAGGACGUCAGCACGCAUUGAUUGUCUCGAUCUCCCAUGCUUGGGAAACUCGAGAACACCCCGACCCAUGCAGGUUCCAACUGCAGCAAAUUUGGAAUGCUGUUGGCCUGUAUGCUGCUGCAAACAGAGCCGUGUGGGUGUUUUAUGAUUACAUGUCGCUUUUCCAGUUUAAGCGGCAAACUGAAGCCCAAAAUGAGAGCUUCAGGCGCUCAAUGAAUGCCAUGCACAUGCUUUAUGCACACGAUUCCACGCAUACGUUUCGAAUCGAGAGUCUCACCCCACAAGAUGUUUGGAACACCAUGCUGGAUGAGAGUGUGCCAGUUUACCGCGAAGAGACCAGCGCAGUCGAACCACGCCCCUUGCGGUGCUUAACUCCAAACUCGAAUCCUUACCUGCAGCGGGGCUGGUGUAUGGCUGAAAUUGAAUGGUCAUCAACGAGGAGUGAUUCGUCCAUGCACCAGCGCAUUGGCCCUGGAUCCGAGGGUGCUGAACAUCCGGGCGGCCGGGUACCGAUGGCCCCGGAUCUUUUCAGAGAGCAAAUGCACCAGGCUGUGUUCACGCACAGGUCUGAUGUUGAAAGCGUCAUCCGUUUGCAAGAGAAGAUUUUCUUCCAGAAGGUGACAGUCUGCAAAGAGCUGACGCUGUCGUGGCUGGUGCCAGACCAGCUCUCCGCUUUGGCGGCGGCAAUCCCGCACUACACGGGCUUGAAGCGACUCAGGCUUCUGCAUUUCAAGUGCAACAACACGGAGGCGGACAAGUUUGGUGAGGCGUUGGCCCGGCACACAACGGUCGCUGAGCUCGAAUUCCUACCAGAUGAUGGCCCCACGGGCUGCGCUAUGGUGAAG